GUCAAUUAACUUGAUCGCUGACGGACAUCGGACCCACUGUCGCCUAUCCACUAGUAAUAUUUGGCAAACGCUCAGUUCAAUUCAAUCAUACCCACAGAGCGGGGAACGCUCACCAGGUUUCUCCACCGACCAAUCAUGGCAGCCUCAAUGCCAAUCUAAAAAUUUGACCCAACCUUUUAUAUAAGAUGACCUCUCGAUCCAACAUACGCUGCACGUCGCCCAAUGUCGCUAAUGUCCUAUACAUCCCAUUUCCUUCACCUCCCUGACGAUGUUCUUGCAUAUCUGCUCGACUUCACGCCUAUGAAUGACCUCGAGAGUGUCUCUAAGACAUGUAACCAACUCAGAGUUAUAUGUGGAGUAGUUCGUGCCCCGUACCUCCACGAGCUCAAGCUGGAGGGUCUGGAGUAUAAUGCUGCAUCCGCAUCGCCUACAGUGUCAUUUCCGCAGGCGUUGGCUUCCCUCCGGUGUAGAGAAAACAGAUGGAGGACGAUGCGUCCAAUCAUGUCAUCCUGCCGUGCAACCUUGAAUGACACUGACUUCACUAGCUACUAUCAGAAGGUAGCUCUGUACGUGUCUAGCCAGGUUGUGUCAACUGUUGUCCAUGGGGACACGUCGGAACGCGCAACUUACCAUGGCCAAGCUGGCGAGGUUACUCGCCUACAUGCCGCUGACGUACCGCAGGACCUUCUUGUUCUUUUGCGGACACACAUUGGAACCAAUAUGUCGUAUCUCUCCUUUCUCUCCUUGAGAGAGAUGUCUCCGCAUUCUGCAGCCGCUAGUCCAACGCGUGUCCUCAUCACCAGCAUGAGUCUCAUAGGAUAUUUCGCUACUCCGCUCGAUGCUCGUGGUCUAAGAAUACUUGGUCCCUGGUGUGCGAUCCUGACGACGGAACCACAUUCCAAUGUGCUCUUGCUUUGCAAUUGGAAGACCGGCGCAUUAUGUAAAUUGGCGGGGAUUCAUUCCGACAAGGUUGACGAUUUUAACUUUAUGAAUGAUCGUACCCUUGCCGUCAUUCAUAGAGCAUCCAACCCUUCUCACCUAAUACUGCGCCUUUACGACGUCAUUUUCCCAAGCCAGCUCUGUUCAUUUGGUCUCGUCACACUCCGAUUGUCUUUGCAGUUACCUCGCAUUGAAGCCCAUGUAUUCAUAUCCCCUAGUCGCCUUAUGCUCCCAAGAGCGCUUCAGGAGCAAGUUCUGCAACCCCAUCAGCGCCCAUGCGAGGUCUUUCCCCCGAACAGCGGAAUCAUGGCUCUGUCGACACCCCUUGCGACGGGUGGUGAGAAAGCUCGACUGGACAUUGCUAUCGAUGUCUCAAUGUUGCUUUCCAUCAUUCAUGGCGAUAAUGCCGCUGACUGUGCGUUGCCCUGGAGCGAGUGGGGUCCUAAGGUGUCGCGCGUUUUCUUGAUCAACGAAGCCCUUCGUGCGACAGGUGAUGUAGAGCCUCUGCAAGAUGUCGAAGGUUACAGAGUAGCCUACUCCACCAACGUAGAUGUCCAGGAUACCUGCAUUGGAAUUUCCGAGGAGCAUUCUCGUCCUGCGGCUUUCGUUCUGGACUUCAGUCCUGCGAGUGUUCGAUGGGCUCGAGGGGAAGACAAGGCACGUCGUGGAAUGCGUGGUGCUUUGGUUACAGAAGCAAAUGUUCUAAGACCGGGGCGCCUGCUUGCAGAGGAGGUCGUCAGCUCCCUGCCUUAUACCCGAACCAUACUCGCUGGUUACCUACCCCAACACCAAAUUCGGCUUUUGCGGGAUGAAGUUGUCUUUCCUGUAGGUUCAUUUAUGCUCAUCUUUCUGUUCGAGUGGCUUACGCGCCCUUUUUCUUUUUGAUAGGUUAAUCUGCUGCAAGGACCUCCGCUACCUAAUCUUCAUAAUGUUUACAGCUUCGCGUGAGACACUAUGCUGGAAUUGCUGCUCCUGACACGAGAAAUAAUUUGUGACGACUACUUACCAGCUUUUUAAUCGGUUUCUAUCUCCGCUUGCUAUCGCAUACUAAUACUUGAUACCUUCAAACAUUCGAUACCACUGUUUGCUGCAUUUACACCCAGUCUAUAACAAUACAUACUAUUC